CGCAGCCAUAACUGUGGGGGAACGAUUAUCCGAUUUGAUCGGUGACAACCGAGAGGUCCCGUUAGUUGUAAACGCAGAGUGGAUAGGUUGACGUUUGUUUGCUAUUUACAGUGUUAGAUUGUGCAUUAUUCUACUUUUAUUAUCAGGGUGACAUCUGUGUCGAGGGAUAGGCUACAGUAUGUUUAUUUUAUUUGGAUGAACCGAGCAGACAGCAAGUUCCAAGAAUUGGAUCGCCGAGGAGCUGAACCUGCCGCCUGCGAGCCUAUGAUCCGGUAUAUUUAUCAGUCUAUGAAGCCUACUGUAUGAAAUUCAAGUAUGUCAGGAAAACAUUUUAAAGGCCAUGAAGUCAGUUGCUGCAUCAAAUAUUUUAUUUUUGGAUUUAACAUAAUAUUUUGGUUGCUGGGUGUGGCCUUCCUUGGAAUCGGACUAUGGGCAUGGAAUGAGAAGGGUGUUCUCUCCAACAUCUCGUCCAUCACAGACCUGGGGGGCUUUGACCCUGUCUGGCUCUUCCUGGUGACGGGAGGGGUCAUGUUUAUCCUGGGCUUCGCCGGCUGCAUCGGAGCGCUGAGGGAAAACACCUUACUGCUCAAGUUUUUCUCUGUAUUCCUGGGGAUCAUCUUCUUCCUGGAGCUGACGGCUGGAGUGUUGGCCUUUGUCUUUAAGGACUGGAUCAAGGACCAGCUCAACUUCUUCAUCAACAAUAACAUCCGGGCGUACCGUGACGACAUCGACCUCCAGAACCUCAUAGACUUCACACAGGAAUAUUGGGAGUGUUGCGGCGCAUUCGGAGCGGACGACUGGAACCUCAACAUUUACUUCAACUGCACGGACACCAACCCCAGUCGGGAGAAAUGUGGCGUCCCCUUCUCCUGCUGCACCAAGGAUCCUGCGGAGGAUGUGAUAAACACGCAGUGUGGCUAUGACGUACGAGCCAAAACGGACGCAGAGCAGAAGACCUACAUCCAUGUGAAAGGCUGUGUGCCACAGUUUGAGAAGUGGCUACAGGACAACCUGACAGUAGUGGCUGGGAUCUUCAUAGGAGUUGCACUGUUACAGAUAUUUGGAAUAUGUCUGGCACAAAACUUAGUGAGUGACAUUGAAGCUGUGAGAGCAAGCUGGGUGCCCCCGCCCUCUCUCUCCAUGCGCCGACCCCCGCCUCACUCUGGAAAGAAAGGGUCUGCGUACUACGCGUGAGGAACAUGCUCGCGAGCGUGUGUAUGUACUUUAGCCGUUUGUUUACCUGAUGUCACGGUUUACCUGUCUUCACCCAGGAAUGCACAGGUCUCUUCAGCAUGGCUACGCCAUUCUCGGCGCAUCAGACAAUGCUCAAAGCCUGCUACCACUGGGAAAGAUUCCUGAGAGCACCUGCACCAUGGUGACCUGCACAUUCUGAUCCUUUUUAAAGAUGGCUUUAGGGUUGCAAAUUUCCAGUAACUUUCCAAAAAUUCCCAGGUUUUCCAGAAAUCCCAGUUGGCAGUUUUCUGGAAAACCUGGGAAUUUUGGGAAAAUGACCCUGUUUUGCAUCUCCAUUGUUCCAUGGGAUUCCAUCCAUGUGACAAACACUUUGUGUAGAAAUGUACAGAAAAUAAUGACCCCAAAAAACUUGGGGGAAAGUUGUUUGUAAAUGCACUGCAUGCCUGUCCCACAUAGGGUGGCCACAUUUAAAACACCCAAAUGCAAGACUACAGGAUGAUAUUGCGGGACAGUGUAGCCUACAUGAAUAAAAACAUUUGGCAGCCCCCCCCCCCCCCCCCCCACUGGAAUUUAGACUGAACUGAAAGGAUUUUUACAAAUGUGAUUGGUUGAUGAUAUGACAUUGCCUACGUCUCGUCUGGCGCUGGGCAAAAUAUCAGAUCUCAACAACGAUUGGAGAAGUGUUUAACAUCACCAGUAUUCUUAGACUACCACAUCCUAAUGAUAUAUAUUUUUCAUAAGCGCAUAUUAGUGGUGCUUGAAUUUGUUGAUAAAAUGCGGGACAUGAGUGUUUCGUUGCAGGACGCGGUACAAAGGGGGAAAAAUGUGGGACUGUCACACGAUCCGGGACAUGUGGUCAACAUACUGGUCACGGUAGCAUGGAUUCUGGUUUUGUUUCAUUAGAAUGUGCAAAAGUUCUCUUAUUGACACAAGUAUUUUUAACAGUAAAAUAGUAGCUGUAUUUGUGGUGACACUGUGAGCUUAGGAAAGAGAGUAAUGGUGCUAGAGGGCAAAUGUACAGUAGUAGUCAUAGCCUUUAAGUCACGUUUCCUUUGAACUGCUGAAGCGUUGUCGGUUCAAGCGUUUUUUGUCGCACAAAUGAGCAUUCGUUAUAUCCCAUGCCAUCUCUACCACCUGGUGAAAUACAUACAGGUAUUUCAGAUACUUUCAAAUACUUGAGGUGUGCUUGAUUUAGCAUGUUUGCACUUUUGGGACUAGUCUCUUGGUUCCAUUUUAACAGGCAAACUAAACCAAGCACACUUAAAGGUCCAAUGCAGCCGUUUUUAUCUCAAUAUCACAUACUUGUUGGAUUACAAUUAAGUACCUUACUGUGAUUGUUUUCAAUUCAAAUGGUUGAAAAUAAACCAAAAUAUAUUCUUGGCCUCCCGAGUGGCGCUGUGGUCUAAGGGUCUCCUACGACCGGGAGACCCAUGGGGCAGCGCACAAUUGAUCCAGCAUCGCGCUCUAGCGACUCCUGUGGCGGGUUGGGCACAUGCACGCUGACACGGUCGGCAGGUGUAGUACGGUGUUUGCUCUGACACAUUGGUGUGGCUGGCUUCCGGGUUAAGCGGGCAUUGUGUCAAGAAGCAGUGAGGCUUGGUUGGGUUGUGUUUCGGAGGACGCACGGCUCUCGAACCUUCGCCUCUCCCGACUCCCUAUGGGAGUUGCAGUGAUGAGACAAGACUAACUACCAAUUGGAUCCCACGAAAUUGGGCAGAAAAAAGGGAUAAAAAAAUUAUAAUAAUUGUUUCAAUCUCUUCUUAGCAAAGAGCAAUUUCUCUAGGACUGUGAGUGGUCUGAGUUAGGAGGGGGAAAACUGAAAAUUAGCUGAUAUUGGCAGAGAAGUUUGGAACUCUUUCUUAUUGGGUGGCAGGUAGCCUAGUGGUUAGAGCGUUGGACUUGUAACCAAAAGGUUGCUGGGUCGAAUCCCUGAGCUGAUGAGGUAAAAAUCUGUUGUUCUGAACAAGGCAGUUAACCCACUGCUCCUAGGCCGUCAUUGAAAAUAAGAAUUUGUUCUUAACUGACUUGCCUAGUAAAGUAAUAAAAACAUUUUUUUUUGUCUAUUUACUAAUUUACAGCAUGGUGGUGUCAACAGUGAAGGGUAAAACUACAUCCACCAAAACAGGAUGACAUUUCAGGUGGUAUUUUCAAACAGCUCUGACACUAAAAUAACAUUAUCAUGUUCACAGUAUAAAAUAUACUUAAAAGAUAGGAAAAUCACAUUUUUGACUGCACUGGGUGUUUUAAGUAUCAAUGUAUUUUGUCUGAUCUCUGCACACUCUACAUACAGGUUUUUAAUGGUUAAAACACACUUUCAGUUCAUGUCCACUAUGGUGGUCUUCUGUUUUCAAUACCUCAAAGUGAAUAGUGUCAAUCUUUAGGAAUCCCUGCUACUCCUUAUUCAAUUUUGUUCUGAGGGCUGAAUGUGAUUGGUUGGAUGAAAGCGAAACAACCAUUGGUGGGACAUUACAACGGCCAGAGUGAAAAGAAAACUCAGUUGCUGUCAUAUUUGUAGGUGGUGGAUUGUGUAGCACUUGGGUUGCCAUGCUGAAUGUCCCUGUUUCAAAUCCCUGUGUGGUUUCAGUUUUCUAGCUAAAGAUAAGGCCAAGUGGGAGGUUUGAUUGGUUUUGACAAGAUGGGAUACCACUUUUGUCAGAUUUGACUUUUCUUAGCAGGUUAGGAGAAUUUACAUAGCAGGUUAGAAGAAUUAGGAUAAGGGUUAGAUAAAAUGCCCCAAAAAUUAACUGACUUAAUUUAACAAACGCUUAUAGCCAUGACCGAGGUGGAUGGACUUUUAACCAAGUUAACCAAUCACAGCCAGGACCAGUGACAGGUGAGAGUUCAAUCAAAUAAAUCCUGUUAGGGAGGUAGGAGGGCAUUAAACAUGGGUUGUGAGACACAAAGUCCCCGGUUUGAACCUUUCUAAAGUUGACCUUUAACAUUUAUUUUGACUGUUUAGAGUGAAAAGACCAAAACGUUAGGCUGGUGGGUGGUGUCCUGGGUGGCAGAGGGCAUAACACAAGGGUUGCCAUUCAGUGGUUUCUUCACUUGAUUCCCAGUAUGGCCUUUAACGUGACUUUUAUGAACUUGAACAAUCUCACUCUUUUCUGCCCUCAGAACAAGUUCCCGUUUUUCUUUCAUUUCCAUGAAAUAAAUCAUUUUCUUUGUUGACCUGAUGACUUUGUUAAUAGUGUUAAUUGUUAAUAAAGAAGGGACAUGACAAAGUGA